AAUCCACAAAAACACCCCGAGCACCGGUUGAAGCGGUUGAACUUGAGCAACUCAGAUCCCAGAUUUUUGGCCCGGACAGGGCUGACAGAUGGAAGGUUCCAUGGAUCCACAGGAGAAGGCGGCCCUCAUGGCCACGGUGAAGCGUUUGAAGGUGAUUCUGGACAACAGUGCGACCAAAGACCGAGAUCAGGUUCUGGUCGCCCUGGAUCAGUUGCAGUCCUUGAAAAGUCUUCCAACCGACGUCUUAAAAGAGACCUUGAUUGGUAAAUCGCUCCAUGGCAUGGCGAAAUCCGUGGAGGACCCGGAGAUCCGAAGCAAAGCAAAGACCUUGGAAUUGGCCUGGAGGCAAGACUUCAAAAAACGAAAAGCUUCCACAGAUGAGUUGCAACUGAGGCGCUGCAACUCCAAUGUCAGCGAGGGCACUUCGCCAGGUCUGUCUUUGGCCUCCAGGUCCUUUUCACAGGACCUGGAAUCGGAAGCGAUGGUAUCUGGAUCCGAGGCACGUCCUUUGGAACGGGCGACCUCGAACGUGUCAGUAGCGUCUGCUGCUUCUGCUGCUGCUUCGCAGGGGGAUGCCAAGAAGGAUGACGCUUACAGAGACAAGGUACGUGCCAAGUUGAUGGAAGCCCUUGGGAAAGAUGACUUCGAAGAGGUUGCAGGUGAAGGUGAGACCAGAGAUGGGAUGCGGGACCCAGUGAAGCUGGCGGAAGAAAUCGAGGAGGUGCCCAGUGUUUGGCCCCGUGGACAGGGAGCUUUUUUGCAAUUGCUCCUGGAGAAUGCUAGCAACAAACUGCAGGCCUUCGGACAGUAUUUGGCUUCAUUCUUAGGCAGGGCCAAAUUCCUGAACGUGAAGUAUUCAGUGAGGAGCUGUGAGCACUUAGCUUUGUUUGGCAACACCUGGCUUCAGGAGCUGGAGGUUGGCCACGGGAUUCGGGAACAGAUCGGAGUAUCUACCAGAGAAGACGUGCUGAAGUUGAUGGCUUCUUUGGUUCAGGCUUUUUGCUAUAUCAUCGUUUGGCAUGUAGAGGGUUUUAGGGAAGAGACAGAUGAGAACGGCGUGAAUGGUUUGGACAAAGUAUUGCCAGACCUAGGACAGCCCAUGGACAAAACAGCUAUGACACAAGUGCUCACCAGCCGUUACAUGCCCUUUUCUCUCAUGCGACGCCCUGUCGCGAAGGAGUUCUGUCGGGCAAUCAGGCAGACCAGACCAAAGCUAGCGGAGGUCCUGCAGCAGCAACUGUACAACGUACCGCCCGUUGCAGAGGAAGAUGAGAUGCUGUUGAAAGGAACUGGAUAUUUUCCAUUUGAUCCGUUCCUGCUGGCUCAUUCCAAUAUCUUUCUGAUGGGCAUCUACCAGAGCUGGCAACGCGGCGAUGAUGGCUUUGAUGAGGAGUCAGACAGGGAGGCUGAAAACUACCUGAAGGCUCGCAACAGGGCAGAAUCUUCAAGACCUUCAGACAGUGCGUCGGACAUGGAGGAUGACCAGGAUGAUUUCACUGAUGAAGCGGACGUGGCGAGUCGAGGCUUCACUCCCCAGGUGGGACCAUCUCCGGCAUUUCGACCUGAUGCUGAUAUGGUCAUGCUGCCUUCCCUGUGCGGCUGUGGCAAAGCUUUGCAGAAGCGCUUGGACUUCAUGUCGACGGCUCUGGCACGUCUGGACACCUCAGCUGUCAACGCCGACAAUGCGUCAGGCGAGACUCCAGGCAUUGAUCAGGAGACUUCUCAGCCACCCGAGGUGGCAGAGGAGGUUCCAGGGCGAUGCUGCCGGAUCUGUUUGGAGGAAGGAGGAGAUCUUCUGAGUCCGUGCGUGUGUCGUGGCUCCGCCAAGUACGUUCACAUCGAUUGCAUCGAAGCUGCUUUUCGAGCACGUGGCUAUUUGUUGGAUUUGGCCUGCCCGACAUGCAAGCAUCACUAUGAAGGACCAGCAGCAGUCCGCAUGGGUGCUGUGGCGCUCAGUGAGUUGCAAACCCGCUACGGGGAAGAACACGCAAUGGUUGGAGCUGCCUUGCACAAUCUCGGCGUGGCGUAUGGUCUUUGCGGAGAUGCAGCGCAAGAGCGGCUUCAUCUGGAGAAGGCCUUGGAAAUCCAGGAACGAGAGUUUGGGCCUGACCACUGCGAUGUGGCCACCACGCUCUCAAAUCUGGGCAAUGCCUACGAUCGCUUGGGAAACAUCCAAAAGCAGAAAGAACUUUUGGAGAGGGCCCUGGACAUCAAUGAACGAGAGUAUGGUCCAGAUCAUCAUGUCGUGGCAACCACCUUGGUGAACCUGGGCAGCGUUUAUGGAAGGCUGGGCGAGCACGAGACGCAACGCGACAUCUUGGAGCGCGCCUUGGGGAUUAUGGAAGCGGAGUUUGGGGCCAACAGUCACAAGGUGUCCGCCAGCCUGGUGAACCUGAGCCUUGCCUACGGCGCUUUGGGGGACGUCAAGGGACAGCGUGACCUCCUGGAGCGGGCUUUGAAGAUCAACGAGCAGGAGUAUGGUCAUGACCAUCGAGCUGUGGCCAACACCCUCCUGAAUCUAGGCAAUGUCUAUGGCUGCCUGGGUGAUGUUGGGGCCAAGCGAGAUUUUCUGGAACGAUCGUUGAAGAUUAAGCAACGCGAGUUCGGACCCGAGCAUGCUGAAGUAGCGAAAGCCUUGGUGAGCCUUGGCAACGCCUACGGCGAUUUGGGGAACGUCUAUCACCAGAAGGAGCUCCUCGAGAAGGCUCUCAACAUCCAGGAGAGACACUUUGGUUCAGACCACUGGGAGCUGCUCAGUUCCUUGACUGGCUUGAGUAUGGUCUAUGACCGUUUGCGCGAUUUCCACCGCAAGAAGGAGCUGCUGGAGAAGUCCGUCAGCAUCAUGGAGCGAAGCUUCGGCAUCGAACACUACAACGUGGGUGUGAUCUUGGCUGCCUUGGCACAGACCUGUGGUGAUUUGGGAGACUUCAAACGAAAGAAGGUACUCCUGCAACGUUCGGUGAGAAUCAUGGAGCUGAAAUUUGGGCAACAGCAUCGAAAUGUGGCCGUUUACUUGGUGGAGAUUGCCCACACUUGUGAAAAGUUGGGUGAGAUCGAGACUCGUGACAAGCUUCUGUUGCGAGCUGGUCAAAUUGAGGAGUCUGAGAAGAAACGAGCCUCGCUCGAGAGUCAAGUUGGACUGACAGGUCGCAUUCGCGCGAGACUUCGGUGGAUCUUGCAGUGUCCUCUCCGUGCCCCCCGCUCCGGAUCAGCCGUGAUGGCGAAGUGUCCGAAACGAUGUCGUCAACAGCCGACAGAAGAUGAGUGGUGAAAUGUAAUGAAUUCCAUGGUCUUCAUAUCACCUGAUCGUUUUGUUACC